AUGGUGAGUUUCGAUGAAUUGUCGCCACAAUACCAAAGUGGUAUCCGCAAUUUCUACCAAAUGCCCUCUCACAUUCUCCAAUUUCUGGCAAAUGCAAGACAGAACGAUGCCAAUUACUUCCUAGAAAUACACAUUCCGUCCUUUCAAAGUGUGGCUGGAAUUGCGAGUGUGAUGUUUGUUGCAUACUCAAACCUUGCAUCAACUAAAAAGUAUUCGACAACCAAUUGGCUCGAUGGAAUCUGUAUCAGCGCCCAAAGCGUCUCCAUAGGCAUAUCCCUGAUCUGUAUACUGCUGGCAGGACUGACAAUUGCCACCGGUAUCACUUUGAUUUUCAAAUUGGCGUCAGGAGUUCCGGACGGAUUCCUUCGAGUUCUGGUGACUGGAUAUAUGAAUUUGGAAGCAAGAACAUCAAUUAUGCGUAUUUGUGGAGGAAGAGCUAAUAUUGAGUCAAUGCUGAGUACGAAGAGUUCUCGUAGACAACAAUCUCGAAUCAUGAUCCUCUCGUUCAAAGAUUGUACGAAAGCUGAAAAAGCGGUGACGAAUCUGAAUAACUCUCUUCUUGAGAUCGGUCUCAACGCAUCAUUGGUCACCGACCUUGAUAUUCUGAAUGCGAUGAAAGUAGGCGGUGUCAAUGGUUGGACUGGGAAUUAUGAUGCUUGUGAAGACUUUAAAAAAGAAGCAGAAGCUGGGGAAAAUCUAGUCUCAUCAUUGGUGCUUGAGACAUUGCAUCAAGUCGAUUCUUUCUAUGAUCCAUUCUCGUGCACAACCGGUAAAAACUCCUAUACCUAA